AUGAACUGGAUUUCAUACUACUUGGGAAACCAUCCACGGAGGGUACUUCUUGCCGUCUUCUGUGUAUUAAUUCCAUUGCUCAGCUACUUUCUGAUCUAUCCGCUAGAAAUCGAAUGUGACAUUAGAAGAGGAUUCGCUAACAAGCAUGGUCAUGCCGUCGAGGAACUUACUAAAUUCUCCAACUUCUACAAUAUCUCAGUUGGCGGACUCGAGAUCUGGGGAGUGCUUGCACGAAACAAAUCGACGGAAGACGAUUUGACGAUAAACUUGAAACUAUUAAAUGAGAUAGAUCAAUUGCAUCAAUUUGUAUGGAACUAUACGACAGAAUACAAAGGAGAAACUAUUCGGUUCAAAGAUCUCUCUUCAGAAGAUAUCAAUUAUGUCUUCAACUAUUAUCGGAAACUACUUGCAAUCGAAUGGAUGCCUGGAGUCAAUCUAUCAUAUCCGUUGGCAUCUGCAUUCGGGCAUUCAUUCUAUUUGGGAUCUCAGUUCUUUGGAGUCAAUAAUGGACAAAAAUCAAAGGAAGGGCCCAUCAAAACUGCAAAAUUCGUUGCUUUGUGGUACAUGAGUAAGGCUGAAACAUUCGAACAAAAACAGAAACUUCAAGCAGUUCAACUCGGAAUAUUCAAGAAAUCUGCAGUGAAACCCAAUAAUUUGUUAUUUGAUUUCGAAAUGUUCGGAGAUCAAGUAGCGAAUUCUGAAAUGCUUCGAGGAACUCUCACAACUGUCAAAUUAUUCUUCAUCGGAGGAUGUCUGAUGGUUGCUUUCAUGGCUUGUACAUUCACGGAACUGACUAUUUUCUCAAAAAUAAUGCUUAUAAUCGGAGCAAUCGGAUCUCCAAUUGCAGCAACGGGUGCUUGUUUUGCAAUUCUUGGAUGGAUUGGACAUCCAUUCAACUCUAUUAUGUGUAUCACUCCAUUCCUCAUUUUGGGAAUCGGUGUUGACGACGCCUUCUUACUUUUGAAUUGUUGGAGACGUGAGGAGACAAAGGAUAAAUCAGCAAAAGAAGCUCAGAACCAAUUGGCACGUGUCAUCAGAGAGAUCUCUCCAUCAAUGGCAAUCACUUCUCUCACGAAUACAUUGGCUUUCGGAGUUGGUUUCCUGGCUCCAACUCCUCAAAUGAGCUCAUUCUGUCUCGGAACUGCAUUGGCCAUCGUCUUAGAUUUCCUUCUGGAAUUUUUGAUUUUUGUGCCAUGCAUGGUUCUUUUUUAUGAGAAGAAACCAACAACAGAGAUCAAGGACGAUAAGAGAAAUGAAGCUGAAAACAAACUCCAUCUGAAGACGUCACCUAAAUUCUCCUGGAGAAGUUUCACCAGUUGGUUAUUGUCAGUUCCAGGAAGAGGACUUGUUAUCUGUCUAUAUCUCGCUAUAUUCACUGCCACAUAUCUAGGAGUUGCUCGGAUGGAAACUACAUUCGAUCCAUCGAAAACAUUCCCAUCUGACUCGAAACUUGUCGAUUCACUCGCAAGUUUCACUUCGAUUCAAGAAGAGUACUCUCCAAUCAACUUCCUCUCAAACGUCCCUGAUCUACAAAAUGAAACCGAUGUGGCUAUAUUCGACGAAAUGAUUCGAAGAUUGGAGACAAGAGAAGGAUGCUAUGGAAAUCUGGCAUCGCAUAAUAUGUAUAGAGACUAUAAAGAGUACUUGAACUAUACCAAGACAGAAGAGAAGAAUUACAAUCAAUUGGAGAAUUUCUUAAAAACAAGAGGAAUGGCAGAUGUUGGAACAAUCAAAUGGCAUAAAGAGGGAAACGAAACAAUAAUUGAUUUAAUCAACUUCGUGGUAGUAUGUCAGGGACGUCCAAGUUGGUCGGAACGAGCUGUAUACGUGGAAAAGACACGACAGAUUCUUGUGGAUUUCCCCCAAUAUAACAUCACACUUUUCGAUUACGAUGGAACCAUUUAUGACUUGAUUAUCACUGUGAAGGGUGAAUUGGUAAAAUCAUUGGCAAUCACUUUCACUUGCAUGACAAUUGCUUGCUUUGUUAUUAUGCCAUCAUUUGUGGCACCAACAAUUGCUUCAGUGGCCACUGUCUCUAUUUCUUUCUGCUUGAUCGGAUUCCUCUCAAUCUGGGGACAAAACCUGGAUCCAGUGACGAUGAUUGAUGUGAUUAUGGCUAUCGGAUUCUCAGUCGACUACAGUGCUCACGUUUGUUAUCAUUAUUAUUGUGCAAGACAACAAGAUUUGGGUUCGAAGCAAGAAGUGAUAACAAGGGUACUUCAAGCAGUCGGUCGACCAGUUAUAGAGGCAUCUCUUACAACAUUAUUAUGCAUGGCUCCAUUGUUCGUUGUCCCGGUUUAUAUGAUUCAAUCAUUUGCCAAAACGGUGACAUUGGUGACAACAUUCGGAUUGUUACAUGGAUUGUUCUUCCUGCCAGUUGUAUUAUAUUUUAUUCCUCUGAAUACUCCAAAACAUUCACUCCCAACAUUCACCCCAAGUACUCAACCACUUGUGUCAAUGACUGAUGAGGAGAAAUAA